AAAAAUAUCUUUUUAUUUUUACUUCCAUAUUGCUAAAUAUUCAGAUUAUGCCUUCAUCCUGAUAAAUAACACACAUGAGAUCUGGUUGUGCUGUACGCAAUACUUGCUACUUGCAGAAUCUAUAACAAUUAGUAAAUACUAACAAGUUUUGCAAAUUGUUAAUAAUGGUUGUGGUAGUGAAGUCCCUCUUUGGUGCCUGCUUGUUUAAGUUGAAUUUCACUGUUAAAGCAUCACGUGCGACAGUAAAAAGGGAGGAGAAAUGCUGUCCUUGUCUACAUAUAAAAGUUGACAUUUUCUCUAUUGCAUGCACUGCUUCAGAGUGCGUGCAGUUUCAGGUGGAGAAAUGGGGAAAGGCUUCUUUAUCAGUAAAGGUGUUGGAGUUGUUUGUAUCAUUCUUGGAGCGGGAGCAGUGGCCACUAUAAUUGCUUUGAGUGUUGUUUACUCCCAGGAAAAAUCUAAAAAUGAUCAAGUCUCCCCAACAAAUGGAGCAACUACAGCCAAACCCCCUGUCAUCACAACUCCCCAGUCCAACAAUCCUUGGGACAAAUAUCGACUUCCCAAGACCCUGGUACCAGAAACCUAUCAUGUCUCACUGUGGCCCCGGCUUAUUCAAGAUUCAGUGACUGGACUCUAUAUAUUUACAGGUGAAUCCAGUGUCGAGUUUACAUGUGCUGAAGAGACAAAUCUGAUUCUUAUCCACUCCAAUAAGCUGAACUACAGCAAAUAUGAAAAUGACCAAAUGGCGCAGCUCAUCGCGUUGGAUAGUGAACCCAAAGCUCCCUCAAUAGUAUCAUCCUGGCUCAAGAAAGAGACUCAGUAUAUGGUCCUCGAGCUGGACGGUAAAUUAAUGAAGAACCACCGCUACAAACUUGAAACAAAUUUCACUGGAGAGCUGGCUGAUGACCUUGGAGGCUUCUACAGAAGUGAAUACAUGGACGAUAAAGGGAAAAGGAUUGUUGCAACAACGCAAAUGCAGCCAACAGAUGCCAGGAAGGCCUUCCCUUGUUUCGAUGAGCCAGCUAUGAAAGCAGUUUUCCACAUCACUCUGAUACACGACCAUGGCACUGUGGCGCUCUCUAACGGCGAACAAAGAGAAACAAAAAAUGUCACCAUUCAUGGUCAGUCUGCACAAAUGACAGUUUUUGAACCAACAGAGAAAAUGUCCACCUAUCUUUUGGCGUUUAUUGUCAGCGACUUUGCCUACAUCAACAACACCGUUAAUAACGUCACGAUCCGGAUCUAUGCCCGCAAGUCUGCUAUUGAAGCUGGCCAAGGAAAUUAUGCCCUUAGCAAAACUGGAAUAAUCCUUCAGUAUUUUGAGCGGUAUUACAGUUCCAAAUACCCUCUGCCUAAAUCAGAUCAGAUAGCCCUGCCAGACUUUAACGCGGGAGCCAUGGAGAACUGGGGUCUAAUCACCUAUAGAGAGACAGCUCUCCUCUAUGAUGAAGCCUUUUCCUCCAAUGGAAACAAGGAGAGGAUCGCUUCCAUCAUCAGUCAUGAACUGGCUCACAUGUGGUUUGGAAAUCUGGUCACCAUGAGGUGGUGGAAUGACCUGUGGCUGAAUGAAGGUUUUGCCUCAUAUGUUGAGUAUCUUGGAGCUCACGAAGCAGAACCUGAAUGGAAUGUGAAAGACCUAAUUGUGCUUAGUGACAUGCACAGGGUGUUUGCUGUUGAUGCUUUGGCGUCAUCUCACCCUUUGUCCUCAAAAGAAGACGAUAUCCAGAAACCAGCACAAAUCAGUGAGCAGUUUGACGCCAUUUCAUACAGCAAGGGUGCAUCUGUUUUGAGGAUGUUGUCAGAUUUCUUGACUGAAGAGGUAUUCACAAUGGGCCUCAAGACCUACCUGGCGACAUUUGCAUUUGGAAAUGCAGAUUAUAAAGACCUAUGGAACCAUCUGCAAAUGGCUGUUGAGGUUGCCGGCCUUGGUGACCUUCCUGAAACUGUUCAUGACAUCAUGAACACAUGGGUGCUGCAAAUGGGCUUUCCCGUGGUUACAAUCAAUUCCACAAGUGGAGUAAUAACCCAAAAGCAUUUCCUCCUGGAUCCCGACUCUGAAGUUACUGUACCAUCUCCUUUCAAUUAUGAAUGGAUUAUACCCAUCAGGUGGACAAAGACUGACGUCACCCAAAAUCUACUAUGGUUGGCAAAUAAAACAGAUACAAUAGAAUCAAUGAAGUUAUCAGGGUCUGAUUGGCUGCUGGCCAAUCUUGGUGUUGUGGGUUACUACAGAGUUAACUAUGACCAAAGAAACUGGGACAAGCUGUUGGAGGUUCUGAGCACCAACCAUUCUGCGAUAUCAGGGAUCAACAGAGCUCAGUUAGUGGAUGACGCCUUCAACUUGGCCAGGGCAAAGAUCAUCCCCACGGUUCUGGCUCUUAAAACCACCAAGUAUCUGGAUAAGGAGAGGGAAUACAUGCCCUGGCAGUCAGCCCUGAAGAACCUGGACUUCUUCUACCUCAUGUUUGACCGUAGUGAGGUUUAUGGUCCCAUGCAGAAUUAUUUAAAUAAGCAGGUCAUCCCACUGUUUGACCAUUACAAGAAAAUCACUACAAACUGGACAAAAGUACCAGAGGGGCACAUGGACCAGUACAACCAGGUGAAUGCCAUCAGUCUGGCUUGCAGAACUGGUCAUCAGGAAUGUCAAGAACAGGCCAAGACGUGGUUCAAGCAAUGGAUGGAUGAGAAAAGAAACCCAAUACACCCCAACCUACGCUCCACUGUUUACUGCAAUGCCAUCGCAGCAGGGGGCAUGAAAGAGUGGGAGUUUGCUUGGUCUGAAUUUAAAAUCGCUACUAUUGCUACUGAAGCUGAAAAACUCCGUGCUGCUCUGGCCUGCACAAAGCAGCCUUGGCUCCUCAAUAGGUACCUGGAGUACACUCUGGAUCCCAGCAAGAUCCGAAAGCAGGAUGCCACCUCUACCAUUGUCUACAUUGCCAACAAUAUGAUUGGACAGUCUCUGGCUUGGGACUUUGUCAGGGCUCAUUGGUCAUACAUUUUUACUCAAUAUGGAGGUGGAUCGUUUUCCUUCUCCAACCUCAUCAAUGGGGUCACUAAGCGGUUUUCCAGUGAUUUUGAGCUUCAACAGCUAAAGCAGUUUAAAGAAGAUAAUUCUGGGGUUGGUUUUGGCUCUGGGACCUUGGCAGUGGAUCAGUCCAUCGAGAGAACCAUCGCCAACAUGAAGUGGAUUGCAGAAAACAAGAACAGUGUUCUAGAAUGGUUCAAAGGGGAAGCAAAACCUUUAUGAUACCUUCCUUCACUUCCAUGAACUAGAACAAAGUCUAUUGUUUUAGCAAACUAAAUAUGACUAACAUUGCUUUUUUUCUGUUUGACGGAUGUAUGCAAUUUGUUGGUAUUUUAAUCCCUUUGUAAGGAUAAGCGGCUCAGAAAAUGGAUAUACUUGCUGGGGGUUUUGUCAGUCGAGGAUCAAAUCAUGAGCUUUGAUGACCAUUUC